AAUCGGUUAAGCGAUGGCCAAAAGAUAUCGGUUUCGCGUAUAAUAAGACACGAACUAUACUUUCAGUCCGAGUCCUAUCACGACAUCGCAAUAAUAGUGACCGAAAGUGCCAUAAAAUUUGACAAAACAGUAAACAUUAUAUGCAUUCCCGCGUCGGAUAUCACUGUUGACCAAUUGGUCGGCCGCUGGAGCACAGUCUUGGGCUUCGGAAAUGUUGAUUACGGCGGCGACUUAUCUCAAGCGCUCAAACAAAUAAAGGUUCAAAUUAUUGAUACCAAAGACUGCGCCGACAGGUAUGCCAUCGGAGACAAACAUAAUAUACCGAUUGGUAUACAGGAGUGCAUGAUAUGCGGCAAUCCUGGCGGCAGUUCCGAUGCCUGUCAGGGAGAUUCAGGCGGGCCGAUGUCUAUCACCCUAAACGGUGUCCACCAUUUAAUAGGCAUCGUAUCGUUUGGCCGCAAAUGCGGAACCGUUAGAAUUCCCGGCGUUUACACGAAUCGCACAGUCGACGGCUUACUAUCGGUGUAUGUCUUGAAAAAGUCUACAAACUCUGGCGAACUCUCGAUAAUCUCGAUGAAUGCGUUGAUCGGCGAUUUGCUGACCGCUUUCUUCAGCUUAAUAUCAUUCAAAAAGCGGUACUUUUCGUGUAUGGAAUCGCACUUAUCGUUGUCCGCCUGA